AUGUUACCUCUCAGCAGCUAUCUAAAUCUUUUCACAUCUAUCUAUCUAUCUAUCUAUCUAUCUAUCUAUCUAUCGCUUUUUUCUUAUAAAUUUUUAUUCUUUCUUUCUUUACUUCCUUUCUUUCUUCCAUUCUCUCUCUCGUUCGUUCAUUCAUUCAUUCUUAAUUUCUUCAUUUCUUCAUUUCAUUCUUUCUCUCUCAAUCUUCGCAUUUUUCAAUUUCAUCUGUAUUCCUUUCUAAAUUUAUUCUAUAUUAUUCUUUCUUUCUUUCUUUCUUUCUUUCUUUCUUUCUUUCUUUCUUUCUCAGCCUGUCCACCGAUCUAUCGCAAUCUUUUUUCUCCAUUACUAUCUUCCUUUCAUUGUUCCCACUCAAUUUGUAUACACAACUAUCACAUUUUCUUUCUUUCUUUCUUUCUUUCUUUCUUUCUUUCUUUCUUUCUUUCUUUCUUUCUUUCUUUCUUCUCUCCGUCCUUUUGUUCUCCUCCUCUGAUAUUACAAUUCUUUCUUUCUUUCUUUCUUUCUUUCUUUCUUUCUUUCUUUCUUUCUUUCUUUCUUCUCUCCGUCCUUUUGUUCUCCUCCUCUGAUAUUACAAUUCUUUCUUUCUUUCUUUCUUUCUUUCUUUCUUUCUUUCUUUCUUUCUUUCUUUCUUUCUUUCUUUCUUUCUCAGCCUGUCCACCGAUCUAUCGCAAUCUUUUUUCUCCAUUACUAUCUUCCUUUCAUUGUUCCCACUCAAUUUGUAUACACAACUAUCACAUUUUCUUUCUUUCUUUCUUUCUUUCUUUCUUUCUUUCUUUCUUUCUUUCUUUCUUUCUUCUCUCCGUCCUUUUGUUCUCCUCCUCUGAUAUUACAAUUCUUUUCUUUCUUUCUUUCUUUCUUUUUUUCUUCUCCGUCCUUUUUGUUCUUUCUGAUAUUACAAUUCUUUUCUUUCUUUCUUUCUUUCUUUCUUUCUUUCUUUCUUUUCCGUCCUUUUUUGUUCUAUCCAAUCUUUUUCUCCAUUACUAUCUUCCUUUCAUUGUUCACUCAAUUUUUACUUUCAUUUUCUUUCUUUCUUUCUUUCUUUCUUUCUUUCUUUCUUUCUUUCUUUCUUUCUUUCUUUCUCAGCCUUUUCCUGUUCUUCGCAAUCUUUUUUUCUCCAUUACUAUCUUCCUUUCAUUGUUUUCAAUUUUAUUUAUUUUCUUUUCUUUCUUUUUUUCUUUCUUUCUUUCUUUCUUUCUUUCUUUCUUUUGCCCAGUCCGUUCAUUUAUUUAUCUCUCUUAUUUCUGUUAUCUUUUUUUUGCCCAUCUAUUCAUCUAUCUAUCUAUCUAUCUAUCUAUCUAUCUAUCUAUUAGUCAGUUCAUAUCUAAGUUUAUCCAUAUCAAUAUCUCACCUGUUCUCUAUCUAUCUAGAACAAGAGAGAGAAACAAGUCGAUCGGUUCAUACUUACCUCUCCAUCUCAUUUUCUUCAAAUCUCUUUUUAUCUGUUUGAAUCACUCCAUCUCAGUCUAUACGAACCUAUCUAUCUAUCUAUCUAUCUAUCUAUCUAUCUAUCUAUCUAUCUAUCAGCCUUUUCGUGUCUAUCAAUAA